AUGACGUCUCCGACGAAACCACUGAACAAGAACUUUCAAAGAUCAUGCAGCUUUAGCCCCCGUGGGACAAAAAUCAGUUGCAGACUGUAACCGUGUUUAUAUCUUACCUGUCGAGAACGGGAGUUCAUACCUGAGCAAUUUUCUCCCCUCGGGUAUCAGCGCCAAACUCCUACGCCUGAAUUCUUCAAGAGAACUUCUAUCUUUGGAAUACAACCUUUAGCAAAUCAUCGAACUUGCUGACUCCAAGCCCUUAGCUGAUGGCCAUCGGAGUUUGUCAUGCACGCAGUUAGAUAUAGUAAUUUAUAAGAGUUACACCUGGAAUAUGUUACCGUAACUUAGAACUUAUCUGCACAUAGCUUUAGGCGCGUACCCAUUCCCAGUGUCAUCAAGCCCAUCCUACUACCGUUGUGUUUACACGUUUCGCUUGGUACAUAUCAUUGCCCCGGACAUUCCUUCUUCGGUCGUAAAACUUAACCGGAUAUUUAUUGUUGGGAUAACCGCAAAAUAUUGUCCAAGAUGGCGAUAGCACAAUGUCCAAAACUAAGCAAUCUGACUGAGAAUCCGACGCUUCUGACAAUUGACAACAUUAGCGAACCCCGGCUAAGCGACUACCGGCGAACCGUCGGAAUAACGGUGAAGCUGACAUGCGCACUGGAUAGCCUUAAACUGACGCCCAACAACCCGACUCUAACCUGCCAGAGUAACAAACAGUGGAAUGCAGCUAUACCAGUCUGUGAAAGGGUAUCUGCCGCCACGACCCCUCCCCGAAGUUCCCCUGUCCCGACCCUCUCGCAGGAGCAGGUAACCAUUGUCGGCAUUACUGGAGGAGUGGGAGGAUUUAUACUCAUAAUCCUUGUUGCCCUCAUCGUCUGUAUUUGUAUUAUGCAAAAUCGUUCACGCACAAGGCGAGCGGACAAAACAGUUGUACGUCCGGCCGGAACGGAUGUGACGUCACUAACUACCGUGCAUCCACUGGACACCCGUGCUGUGAGAGGGUACUCGGCCUACCCUUCGUUUACGUCACAUGACUAUUACCCAGAACACACCCGACAAACAUACCAUUCGAUGGCAUUACCAACUGCGACUUCAGGAUAUGACGUGUAUAACAACCCAUCAUUUCGCCUGGAUCCUGACGAGCGUGACCUCACAUCACGAGACGAUGUUCUUGACGUCAUCGCCAGGGAGCGAAUGGAUCAGCUGGCUUACGAAAAGGACAGGUUCCGGUCACUGGAAUAUCCCCGCCCUGACUAUUUUGUUGGCGAAGACACCAGAGCUCAUGGCAAACGUUUCGCCAAAAGAGGACCAAGAUCACCGGAAGCCGUUACCCGAGCUCAGAGAACUCUUCAGUACGUGGAGGAACAUAGCAGCGGGUCUCCUGAGCCGUCGUAUUUAGGUCAAGGACGAUACGAUGACAAAUCCACAAUUUACCCUGACGGCUCCAGGAGCCUUGACCGUUACCUUGACGACUCGCGUAGCAGAGGUCGUUACCCUGGCAACUACAGUCCGCACCGUUACUUUAGCAACCCUCUUGAACUUGCGCAAGGUUAUCCAGGAUACCCAGAUAAUCGUGGUUCUUCUAAUAUCCACAGAGGUUAUGACAGAUAUGAUUUAUCCGGGCAUGGCUCUCAAUCAGGUCCGGAAUUGGAAUCCAGUGCAAGUCACUGGCGACCAAACACGAAAACGCAUUACACCAACAACAGACACAGAUAACACUGGCAAGGCAAUCUUAAGAUCAUAUUGCUCUGACUUCCUUCCAUACUGGACAAUCGAAGUAGGUGGCGAGGAGAUACAACGACAUCGCAUAUAAUGAACAGAACGUCAUCAAAUUGUGUUUGUGAAUGAUCUAGCUACCUGUGUUGUUCUUGUUUUACUUCUACCCGUGAACAGUGUUAUAUAAAAUAGUCAUCAACCAAAGGCGCUUGUCUUUGUCUUAACAAGAUGUUUUCCCGAGACGUAGUGGUGUCCUCUUAUUUAUAAACCAAAGGUUUUAAAUUUAAAG